GGCGUGGCCUCGCCGUGGCUUGACAUUUGUCUCGGUCAACCGGUGACGUUCGGUUUCCUUCCACUCAGUGGGAGUUGUGCUGCAUCCACCGCAGUUGUGUUCGUGGGCUCAUCGGAACCUAAUUUGGUAUGGCUCGUGGACAUCAGAAGUUUCAGUCUCAGCAGCGGAAUGCAAAGAAGCAAGCUGAACAGAAGAAAAAAAUGGGACAUGAUCAGAAGACUGCUGCAAAAGCAGCUCUUGUCUACACUUGUUCUGUCUGUAGGACCCAGGUGCCAGAUCCCAAAACAUUUAAACAGCACUUUGAGAACAAGCAUCCUAAAGCACCAAUGCCACCAGAACUUGUUGAUGUACAGGCAUAGAGACAUUGUCAACUUGUUUUUUCUGACUGCAAGUCACUCAUUAAUGCUUUGUCCUGGAAGAAGAAUCUGCAGGCGCAACCUAAUGGUGACCAACUAUAGCAAAGAAACUACAUGUGAAUUGCUUUCCUGCCCUGUCUGUCUCCUAAUUCUAUCUGGGCCACGGGCAUACCCACUCUAAUGCAUUGUUGAAAUUUUCGAUUAUUGUAAAGAAAUUUUUACUCAUAACCAGUCAUUGUGUAUAAUAUUUAAUAAAAUAAUGACUUUUUUACAGCA